GCACCCUUAGUGGAGGAGUGAUGCUGAAAUUGAAGCCAUUGAUAUUACAUUCGCCAUCUGUUAGGCCACAACAUGCACUGCUCACACAAUCCUCGUCUCUUCCUCUAUUGCCUACUCGGCGUGGCUUAAUCCAGCUUUCUUUUUGUGCAUCAAUGGAAUCUAAUACGACAGUGGUAAAGCUGAAACCCAUAGAAGCAACCCCAGAAAGUUUUAAAGAGUUUGGUCAGGUAAUUCAGGCCUCCCCUGAUGGGGAAGAGUUUGGUCCGAGUGAUGCUCAGCUUGACUUGAGUCGUGGCAUUCCCAGGUUUUACAUUAUGCAGCUUAAAGAUCGAUCGCUCAGAUUUUCUAAUAUAACGCAUCAUGCCAAUGUGACCCAAUGUCUUGGAUCAAUUGGCGGCAAUGUGUGGUAUCUUGGAAUUGCUAAGCCAUCUAUUGUGGAUCCAACUGAUAUCAAGGGUAGUGAUAUUGUGCAGUCACAUUGUGGGCACUUUUAUGUGCCUCCUGCUGUUGAUGAAGUGCAGGCUUUCAGAAUUUCAGGUCCUAAGUUUAUAAAGCUGAAUCAUGGUACAUGGCAUGCUGGCCCAUUAUUUACAGGUGACAAGAUGGACUUCUACAAUCUCGAGCUCAACAAUACUAAUGUGGUUGAUCACACAACACAUGACUUCAUCAAGAAGAAUGGUGUUGUUUUCGUACUGGAUGAUUAGGAAAAUCGCUCCAAACAAAGCAUUUCAAGUUUUGAAUGAACGAUAGGCUGGGGGAUAGUCAUGUUGUUUAGAGCACUACCAAUAUAUAUGUACCAUAAGUAAGGCCUGACUAGCAUUGGUUUCUGUCUUUUGCUUGUGCUGCUAACAAUCCUAAAUAGCAGCAUCAUUUUCUACACUUGGCAACCACACUCUGCCCUGGUAAUUGCUUUGUAUUUGUAAAUGCUGCUCAAGACAAUCUAUUUAUUAGUUUUUCUAUCCA